AUGGCCUUCAUUUUAUCCUCCUUGCCCACGGCUACACUGACUCAACUCAGUCUACCUCUACGACCACUGUCAAACACAGAACAGGGAGAUGUCCAACUGCGUAUCUGUGAUGGAAUUCGUCGCCUGGGGCAGUGCACCAGACUGAUCGAUUUGGAUUUGGGCUCUCAAGUCACCAAUAACCGUUAUUUCGAAGCGCUAGUGGACGCUUUGCACCAGUUGCCAGGUCUGAACAGACUGUCAGUGACCGAUCUACCACCGAACACUCAACAAAUCUUGUUGGACGCUUGCCCGGCCAACUGCAAGAUCCGCGUGCAUCGGCAUCGUUCAUGA